GAGCAGGAAGACAAGUUUUUAAAUUUUUUAUAAUAAUAAAUACUAAUACAGAGGCUGGAGGGGAAGGAGUAAUAUAUAAAGCAAGCUACCUAAUAAUAGUUCUUUUAAGUAUUACUUCCAAAACAAACAACAUUCUUUCUCUCUUCUCUUCUCUCUAUAUAUAUUCUCUCUCUAAAAAGGUCUUAAUUUUUGUAUUGCUUCUCAACAAUUCCACUCAAUUUGAACCUUGCAAGUCUCUCUCUCUUUCCAAAUCUCUCCCACAUCCUGCAGCAAUUAUAUUCGAUUUUAGCUUGUGGGGUUUGGGUUUGGAUUUGGUUUUGACUUUCUUGAUGGGUAAUCGUGGAUCCUCUGUUCUGCUCAAGAAGCUCAUCAAAAUGAAUUGAUUUGCUGAUAAUCCAUAAAAAAGAGUCUAAGGUUUGUGAACAGAGGAAGCCACCUUCUAGAAUAUGGGAUGCUUUGCGUCUACCUCAAAGCAUUCUGGUGACAUCAGGCGGAGGCCAAACAAUAUUGGUGAAGUUGCGGUUUUUGUUCCUGGAUUAAGGAUUCCUAAGCCCGUGGAUUUUUCCCAGUCACUAGGUGACCACUUGUCAAAGAAUUUGGUCGAACGCCUAUCAGCUCUCAGAACCCGGGUAGUAGUAAUGGCUGGGCAAGAAGGUCCAGCAAUCACAAGAACAAAGAGAAGAAGCGCCACUCAGCAUGGAGGGUCAACACUGGGAGAUCUUAUUCAGGCUCUUGAUGAUUAUCUACCAGUCUUAAUGGGAUUGGUCAAAGAAGGGACACCAUUACAGCAUAAGGUACAAUUUGUUUGGGUUAAUCAGGAGGAUGAAGUAGAGGAAACGGCAAUGUUCAGUGCCUGGUACGAAGUAUUAUCAGUUUUGCACCUAAUGGCAGCAUUGCUGUUCUCACAAGCUAACUUGCUGCUUCUUCCCAGAACAUCAAGUGAUGGGCAUCAGCCAAAAGUUUCCGAAGAAAGCAGGCGAUCUUCCAUUGAUAUCUUCUUGAAGGCAGCUGGAUACCUUGAUUGUGCAAUCCAACAAGUUCUUCCACAAUUGCCUCCUGAACUUAGGAGAAAUCUACCAGUUGAUCUUUCAGAGGGUGUUCUGCGGGCACUUUGUCUUCAAGCAUUAGGACAGGGUGUUGAUAUACAACUUGGACUUGCGAUUGAUAGUACAAAAGCCACUCUUGCGGUGAAACGUAGGCUUGCAUGUGAGAUGGUGAAGUACUGGCAGCAGGCGCACGAUAACAUCACCAAUAUUUUAUUGGCAAAUGGUUGGGGAGAAAAACAUAAACUCUUUGUGAAGUGGAAAUACAGUGAAGCAAGGGCUGCAGCAUAUUAUUACCACGGUUUGAUCCUUGACGAGGGGAACACAGAAAAAUCACAUGGGAUGGCCGUAGCUGCCCUGCAAGCAGCUGAUGAGUAUCUUAAAGAAAGUAAGAAAACGUGUGAAGCUUUCAAUGCGGCGGCUCCUCUUUCAAGAAUUCCUCCCCUGUGGGGUACCAUGAAGUUUCUCUCUGAAAAAAUUCCGAAAGAUACAUCUAGCAAGGUGCGAAUCAACCGGGACCUAUACUCCUAUGAAAAGAUUAUGGAGACAGCGCCAACACUGCCAGACUUUGCUUUAGCCCUGAAACCAGAUGAAUUUCAGCUUCCUCCGGUGCACACUUCAUGGAACAAUGAGAGUAUAACAACCUGAAUACUCAAUGUGGGCUUGACAACGUUUCGGUUACAAAAAUACAAACAGUUUGUUACAGUUAUUGGAUCAUAGUGAUGAGAGCCAGUUAAAUUACAGAACACAGUGAAGCUGAACAAAGAUUACAAUGACCGCCUGGAGAAUCGUAUACUUGUUUAUAAAAUCUGUUUAUGCAUCCAUUGGUCCCUGCUUCAUCAUGUGUGAUAGAGAGAGUUAUACAAGUCCCUCUUGUGUUUAGGUUACUACAGUAGUAGGGGUGAUUUUCUUUGUCUGAAAUUUAUGUUUUUCUUGUUUAAACUAGAGAAGUGUGUGCAUCUCACACCUGUUUGGAAAAAUAGCACUGUACAAGCCUCUUUCUCCUUCCUUUGUUUCUCUUUUUUUUCAUGCAAGAAAGCCUCUUUGUUUGUGUACUUUAGUUUUUACAUGAAAGGAAUUACUCUUUAGAACA